AAUCCGGGCGUCAGCUGGCUGCGGCCUCACCUUCUCCACUCCUUCCUCUGCUGUCCACACGGCCCUUCUUCCAUCUUUGAACCAGCAGCCGCAAGCCCAACCCAGCUCCUGCCUGGGUCUCCCUGGCUCCCCGCCCACCUCGACAGUGAUGGGCGGAGAGGAGCCACCUCUCGGGGCCUGCAAGUCCAUUGGCCGCCUAGGCAGCCCUGGCAGCCCCCUGCUCAGGCCACUGAAGAGGGAGCCCGUGGUGACAUCUUCAGAGACCCUUCUGCUGAGUGGGAUGUGGUGACGUUCGGGGACCUGGCCAUCUACUUCUCCCAGGAGGAGUGGGAGGGACUGAGCCCCGAGCAGAGAGGUCUGUACAAGAACGUCAUGUUGGAGAACUACCAGACCCUGGUCUCUCUCGGACUGUGCUGUCGGAAGCCAAGUAUGAUCGCCUUGUUGGAGAAGGGACAAGCACCCUGGAUGGAGAGAUUCGUGAGAAUACCCUGUGGCCUGGGGUCUAAAUGUGAGACCAACAAGUUCCAUCCCGAUCAUUGCAACAAACCUGGGCAAAGCAACUACCAGAAACCAGUUUCUGCAGCACGAAAAGGUCCCACAGGAAAGAGAGGCUGCACGAAAAAUUCACUCCUAAAGAAACCCAAGAAAGUGCAUCCAGGGAAGAAGGCUUUAAAAUGUAAUGACUGUGGGAAAACCUUUAGUCAAAGCUUAUCUCUAAAACUUCAUCAGAAUUCCCAUACUGAAGAGAGACCUUACGAAUGUAGUCAUUGUAGAAAAGCCUUCAGACAGGUCUCAUCCCUCCUCCUGCAUCAGAGAAUGCACAAUGCAAAGAAACGCCACGAAUGUGAUGAAUGUGGGGAAACCUUCACGCAAAGAACCACGCUGCUUCUACAUGAGAAAAGUCAUGGUGGGAGGGGAACCUUUGACUGUGGGCAGGCCUUGAGUCCGUGUCCAACCCUCAGGAUACAUCAGAAAACUCUCCUUGAUGAAAAUGCCCACCAGUGCAGGAAAUGGGGGAAAUCCUUCAUUCGAAGGUCAUCCCUUUCACUUCACAGGAAAAUCCACAAGGGAAAGAAAAUCCAUGAAUGCGGCAAAUGUGGGAGAGGCUUCCGAAAGAAAUCAGUCCUCGUUCUACAUCAAAGAAGAGUUCAUACUGGAGAGAAAACUGAUGAGGGUGAGAAGGCCUCGCGUCCGCAGAGCAGCCACCAUUUAGAGAAUCCUUAUAAAUGUAGGAAAUGUGGAAAAUCUUUUAAUAGGAUCUCAUCCAUCAUGCUUCAUCAGAGAAUUCAUGCUUCGGAGAAACCCUACAAAUGCCCUAAGUGUGAGACGGUGUUCCAGCGGCUUUCGACCCUUAUUCUACAUCUAAAAAUUCACGGUGGAGAGAAACUGUACAGGUGCAAUAAAUGCGAGAAGGUCUGUCAUCGGCGUUCAUCCCUUAUUCAACAUCAGAAAGUUCACAGGAGGAAAAAGAAGCUCUUUGAAUGUAAGGAAUGUGGGAAGAUGUUUUCUGAAACUGCCAACCUUAAAAUACAUCAGAACAUUCAUUCUGAAGAGAAGCCUUUCAAAUGCAACAAAUGUAAUAAAGUUUUCGGCCGCCAGUCAUUUCUUAUCGAACAUCAGAGAAUUCAUACUGGAGAAAAACCGUACCAGUGCGAGGAAUGUGGGAAAGCCUUCAGUCACCGAAUAUCUCUCACGCGGCACAAGAGAAUCCACACUGAAGACAGGCCGUAUGAAUGCGAUCAGUGUGGCAAGGCCUUCAGUCAGAGCGCGCACCUUGCCCAGCACGAAAGGAUCCACACCGGAGAGAAACCGUACACGUGCAAGACCUGCGGGAAGGCCUUCAGUCAGCGCACGUCCCUUAUUCUACACGAAAGAAGCCACACAGGAGAGAAACCCUACGAAUGUAAUGAGUGUGGGAAGGCCUUCAGCAGUGGCUCCGACCUCAUCCGGCAUCAGAGAAGUCAUUCCUCAGAGAAACCCUACGAAUGCAGGAAGUGUGGGAAGGCGUACAGCCGGAGCUCAUCCCUGGUUCGACAUCAGAAUUCCCAUUCAGAAAAAAAAGCCUAAGGGUGUUACAAAAGCAAAGACUGAGUCCCAAAGGAGCAGAGGCAGAGGCAGGGGGGAAGUGCAUUGGUCUCUAACACACAUUUUGUAGAAACGGGGCCGUUUGAUGAUGCUUCCCCCUUUGAAAGCCAAAGGGCAAAAGUCCUUGAUGACUUUGACCUAAGAAUCUGAAGUUAGCUGAGGCAGAGACCUUAUCAUAGGUCUUCACUAAGCUCAGAUGGUUGGAUCGGUCCUUUUUCAUAAAGACAAUUCUUCAUUUGAUAAGAAUCACUGAUAUUUUAUUCCCAGUGUCGUUUUCCUUUAUAUGUUUUUUUUUUAAUAUAUUUUUUUACUUCAGAGAGGAAGGGAGAGGGAGAGAGAGAUAGAAACAUCAGAGAUGAAAGAGAAUCAUGGAUCAGCUGCCUCCUGCAUGCCCCACACUGAGGAUCGAGCUCACAACCCAGGCAUGUGCCCCUGACCGGGAAUUGCACCAUGACCUUCUGGUUCAUAGGUGGACCCUCACCCAAUGAGCCACGCCAGCCGGGCUCCAAUGUACUUUUAAAGUUAUUUUAAAGUGGAAUUGUAGCUAUUUCAUUGGUCACAUACAACAAAGUGGAACCGUCCAUGUUUUGGAUGGGGCUUUGAGCCUGAUUUAACGUCACAUGAAGAGUUUGGGUUGGUCCCUGUAGAAUGAGAACUAUCACAUAUAAGGAAGGGACUUUCUGGAAAACCAGGGUACCACUUUCAGCUGACAGUCAUUUUUGGGUGAUCAUAACGAAGAGUGAAUCCUGGAGUGGAUAAAGAUGACACAGUUAACAAGCCUCACGGCUAAUGAAGGAAAGAAAAACAUGACAUACUGAAGAAUGAGGAACUUCAGAGCAGAGAGAAAUUACUUGUUUUGUUUGAAAAAAAAAACUUGUCUAUAUUUAUAUGAACAAACAUCAGUAUUUUCAUGUAAGAACACUGAUGUGCAAUAAGUAAUUGUUGAAGUCCAACCAAACCCCCAGUGUACAGGUCUUUGGAAAUGGGGCCUUUGAGAAGAAAUGGGGGUUAGAGGACAGGAGGGUGGAGCCCUCAUGACAGGAUUUGUAUCUUAACCCUUUGCGGUCCAAUUUUAUUUUUGGAAUUCAAACAGUCUGGUCCAAAUUAAUUGACGGGAUUGAAUGUUGAACUUUUUAAUGUUCUUAUUUUAAAGUUUAAACCAAAAAUUCACUGGUUAUAUUAUUAAGUAUGUUUAAUCAAAGAGUUUAUUCUUUAAAACAUUUCAUAGUGUGGUAUCUUUUUUAAAAAAUAUAUUUUAUUGAUUUUUUACUAGGAGGAAGGGAGAGGGAUAGAGAGUGAGAAACAUCGAUCAG